UAUAAGUGUAAAAUCAGAAUGUUAACAGCAAGCGCAAUAAAAUGGCAUAAAUGUAACUAAGUAGGUUAUUGAACUUACAAGUAUUUUUGGAUGCCGGACGUAUGUCGUGAGUGCCAAAUUUCAAAAUUAUGCCAAUUUUUGGGUAGAUAAAAAUACUUUGGAGACAUACUUGGCAAUCACUAGAUUAAUGAAUACUAGAAUCACUUGUUUUGUCAAAAAAGGAUGUUAGGUACACUCAAUGCGACCGUGUACCAAUAAUAUUUUUUGCAUUUUUUAUUUUCGAAGUAAUUGUCACAAUUUGGUGCUAAUAUCCUUUACGCCCCUAGUCCAGGCAUCAGUUCGUAUGCAUCGACGUAAUACACAACAAAGAACAACAAAGUAUUAAUCACGCCAUUGAAUCGGGACAACAUAAUAAUUCCUGGGUACAUAUUGAUCGCGACUCACGCCUUUCCUAUCAGCUAAAGAUCAAGAUAAGAUAGUAGAAGAUACAUUCAGCUGCGAUUUUGAAUAUAUUCGGUAUAUGCGACCCAAUUGUGAUAUUAAGCACUUACUUGAGAACAUUGAUGGCAAACUGGUAGAUUACAAUAAGAGUGAUUACUGUAUUAUAAUGUUAGGGAAAAAAGACUUAGAACUAUCAGGUGAUUAUACAAAAAUUAUAAACACAUUAAAAGAAAGUCUAGAACAAGUUAAUCAUACUAACAUAAUAAUAUGUACUCCCACAUACGUAUGUGGUGCUCCUAUAUAUAACUAUAAGGUUGAAAUAUUUAAUCAACUAUUACAAUUAGAACUUAAGAACUGUACAUAUGCAUAUUUCUUUGAUACAAAUGUUCCUGUCUCUCUUGACAUGUUUUCAUACAAUACUGGCAAACUUAAUAAAAGAGGGUUUCUAUGUUUGUAUAAAAGUUUAAAACAGUAUAUUAAUUUUUAUGAUUAUAAAUCGCCCUUUACACCCAAGAAAAGCACAAUGGUAUGUACAGAUACCCAGAAUGGGUACCCUCAUUCUACUUCUUGUAACAAAAUGAAUGACUUGUUUUUUCUCGAAUAAAUAUUUAAAUAUAUUACACCAAAAUAUUGCUGGAUUAUUAAAAAAGUCAGAUGUUUUAGCUGUUUGUUUAGACGAUCUCUUUGAAAAACAAAUAAAUGUAGACAUUAUAUGUAUAACCGAACAUUUUGUAAUGAAAGGCUACGAAAAUCAGUUAAAUGUACCAAACUACUGUCUAGCGGCAUGUUAUAGCAGAAAGGAAAAAAAAAGAGGCGGAGCCUGUAUCCUUGUAAAAAACGGACAUCGAUUUAAGGAAUUGCCAAAAAUUGCUAAUAUAUCUUCACCAGGAGUUUUUGAAUGCUGCGGAAUCGAACUAAUUGAUUAUAAGAUUAUAGUAAUAUGUAUCUAUAGAGUACCAAAUAUCAAUAAUUUAAAUGACUGUCUGGCAAAACUUGAGUUUAUCCUAAAAGAUGUAUCCAAUGCACGUCAAAAGAAAAUUGUAAUUGCUGGAGAUUUUAAUAUUGAUAUGCUUAAAUCAACUAGACAAUCUAUAUCAUUUGAGUGCCUACUACUAAAUUUUAAUUUUAAACUAGCAUUGAAACAACCGACUCGUUUGUCUAGCCUGACAUGCAUCGACAAUUUUGCGCAUAAUUAUAAGAAAGCAUGUAGGGCCAACGUACUAGAUUUUGCGAUGUCAGACCACACCGCACAGCUGCUUCAAUGUCCAGUUCCUAAAGUAUUUACUAAUAAGUUCUGGUACUCGACCAGAAGAGACUAUGCCAAUGAAAACAUAAUUAAGUUCAAGGAUUGUAUGAAUAGUUUAACCUUUUCGGAGAUCUAUGAAACCCAUGAUCCAAAUAUAGCUUAUAACAAAUUUAUAGAUACUUUUAAGAUGUUUUAUGAUUUAUGUUUUCCUUUUUACACAAUUAAAAUAAAUAUUAUUAAAAAACCUAAAUGGCUGUCCAGAGGAGUAAAAUUAUGUAGUAAAAAGAAAAGAUUACUUCUAUGGCAACUAAGAUUAAAUCCUAACCAAGUCAACAAAGUAACCUUUAGUAAUUACUCCAAAUUAUACAAAAAAAUUAUAAAACUAACUCAAAAGUCACAAAACAAUUAUAACAUUAAACAAUCUAAAAAUAAGUCAAAAACAACAUGGCAAAUAAUUAAUCAAACAAAAUUAAACAUUCCUAAAAACCCGAUCAAUAGCAUUAACCUGGGGAGCUUUAAGAUUUCAGAUCCUUUAGAUAUAUGUAAUGCUUUUAACAAUCACUUUGUUGACAAAAUACAGCCGAAAAUCGACGUCGGAAGCAAUCCUAAGCCUCAUAGAAUAAGCACACAACCAAAUUCAAUAUUUUUAGCACCUAGUGAACCGUAUAAUAUAUUUAAAAUAAUAAUGUCCCUUAAAAACACUAAUAGCGUAGGGUACGAUGGUAUUUCUACAAAGGUUCUUAAGUCAGUUGCAAAUGAUAUAUGCUUACAUCUUAGCUACAUUUUAAUUUUUUUUUUUUUUUUUACAUUUUAA